UUUCCGCUGUGGGUUGAGCUAAACCCUAUAUAAGGUCCUCACUAGGAAUUUUCAGUCUGAUAGCUUCUUUGAGAAGCUCAUGGCUGAAAGACUACAGAAACACAGGUUUCAAAACACUUUCCUUUGACCCCCUCCUUCUGAUUUUCCGUGGAAAAAAAUGCGUGGGCUCUUCUUUGUCCUAGUGACAUGCACAGCAGGUGCCUCUGCUUUCAGACUCCAGCAAGUCAAAACCACGGAAAACUGCCCAGAUCGCACCGUGUUUUUCAAACACUACUAUGAACUGCAUGGAGAACCUGUGGUUCUGAAAUGCCCUUCUCCCAGAUACAAACAUUUGGAUUUCUCUGCCUUGACCCCUAAUGUCACAUGGUAUAAAAAUGGUUCAAACCCCAUGAUACCAGGAAGAGAUGAAGAUUCAAGAAUCUGGGCAAAAGGAGAUGCACUCUGGUUUUUACCAGUGAUGCUAGAAGACUCGGGAGUGUAUAUCUGCACAAAAAGGAACUCCUCCUACUGCGCCGAGGUCUCCAUCCACCUCACAGUUGUGGAGAAAACAGCUGCUCAGGAGAUUGCCUAUCCCCAGGUCCUCUUCACUUUCACCUCUGGAAAAAUCGUUUGUCCUGACCUGUGGGAUUUUACACCCAAUAGGACAAGCCUGGAGCUCAAGUGGUACAAGGAUGCUCUGCCUUUGGAAGAUGACAACGAAAGAUUUGUCAUUCUGAAAGGUUCGGCUUCUCUGAUCAUGACAUCUGUGCUACCAACAGACGCUGGGUAUUACACCUGCAAGAUGUCAUUUCCAUUUGAAGGUGUGGCAUACGAAAUCACCAGGACAAUUCAACUGGAGACUGUUGAACAAGAGAAGAGAACUACCCCGAUAAUUGUGUAUCCAGCGCAAAAGACAAUAUCAGCUGCUCUUGGCUCCAAGAUGACUCUCCCGUGCAAAGUGUUUGUUGGGCUGAGCAGCCAUUUCCAAACUGAUGUGGAAUGGCUGGCAAAUGACACCAGAGUUGACGUGGUUUAUAAACAAAGCAGAGUUACAGAGGGAGAACGACAAGAAAUUGUAGAAAAUGGUGAAAACUUCAUUGAAGUACCACUGAUUUUUGAUUCUGUUGAAGAAGUGGACUUUUACACAGACUUUACCUGUCUGGCUGAGAACAGAUAUGGAUACCAAGUACUGCCAACAAGGGUCAAGCAGGAAGCUGUUGGUCUGUCCUGGUACAUUGCAAUGAUUCCUGUUGCGCUGGCCUGUGUGAUCGUGGGAGGGAUAUACAUGCGCAAGUACUGGAAGCGGAGAGCUGAUAAAGGAUAUAUAAUACCAAAGGUUUAAAAUCCACUUGGUUCUCCAACUGCCAAUGGAACAAAAAAUCACCCUGCCUGUCUUUCAUGUCAGACACAGAGAGCAUUUCCAACCUGACACAGCACAUUCCCAACAGACUGAUAAUAACAGCUCUUUUCCACUUCUCCAAGUGUUCUAUGAUCUGAUGAAGUUAAGAAUAUAAGUUUGCAUUUUUAUGCUGCUCAGAUGCAGGAAAUCUGGUUCUAUUGUUCUGCAUCUAGGGUGAAAUCUGUAGAAUUUUGGAACGCAAAACCAUGCUCUGGAUAUGGGAAGGGUAGGGUAGGGAAAGGGAGGUGCUCUCACAUUUUGUAAUUCCAAUAGAUGUACUUUUUUUUUUAAAAAGGAAAAUAAAUGCCCUAAAAUCUAAAAAAGGAAGAUAAGGAAGCUUGCUACAGAAGGACUAUUUGACACUAGAGUGAAAAAGCAGUUUUCCUAUGCAACCAGCAUAAAUUUAUUUUACUUCAGUCUAAAAAGAGCCAUUUGUUUUCCUUUUUCCAGAGCCAAAUGCAGUUGUCAUGGCAACUGUAUAUCUAUGAACUUCUCCAUGGAAAAACUAAUUUUGUUCACCAUUUGGAUUACUCUUUGCUUAAAUAGACUGUCUCAGAAUAUCCCUCCCCCAGAGAUAACUCCAUCUGUAUAACAGAUAACUGUACACAGAAGAAUUCAGUUCUGUUUUAUCUACCAAUAUGUUACUAGGGAUUAGUAGGCAGCUGUAACAUGUUGUCAUCUUUGCCAAGGAAAGAAUUGGAGGGAUGUUUAAGUGUUUAGAGAGUAAUUUGGCUAAUAAAAAGUUUUAUUCCUGGAAGUGAUUGGACAUAUUGCCAGUAAUAAUGUAUAGUCUCACACUUCUGUGCCUCCAGCCCUUUUGUGACCAGCCUGGUGUAGCUUCCGAUUGUGUCCUUUUAAUUGCAGUAUGCAAAUUGCUUACUCAUGAUGCAAAACACUGCUGGUUAGGUUAACCUAACUGGAUUCUAGUCUUGACAUAAAUCAUAAGGGAGCAAUAAAUAAUCAGUGAUCAUGUUGUACUUUGAGGGUCAGAAUGAGUAAAAUAACUUGGUUACUUCCUCUUCAAAGAGAUACCACUUACGUCAGCUGAGAAAUCGUUACAUGAUGUAUAAUGUGUAUUAUCUUCAUCUGUAUAGGAGGGAAGAGAACCUGCAUUAAGGCCUAGAUUACUACAGCUCCAUAACUGUCACCUCUCACAGACACCAAACAUAAAGCUUUUUGUUCAUGUGAAUAAUCCCAGAGGACUUUCAAACUCCAUAGGAAAAAAAAUUCAGGAAAAACUUUGGCUCCAAAAAACCAAAUUGUAACACACUGGAGAAGUGAAUGGCUCACAUCCAUCUGGGAGAGACCAUGACCUUAUUCCUUUCCACCACCACUUCUAGUUGGCUCUGAGUUUAGCCCAAUAAAUAUCUGGAAGGAUUUUAAAGAGUAGGAUGUGGCUUGAGUUAAGAAAUCUUCACUCUCUUAGCAAGAACAUUCAUAUGUAAUGAGAUUUAAACCAAAGCCUCCCUUUAAAUAUUCUAAAUGUUUGUUGUGAAGAUACAGGCACAGAGAUCAGAGCUCUGACGCAGUUUGAGUCAAGGGCAUCCAGAGAAAACCACAGGACUCACUGUUUCCAAGUGCAGAAUAUUAAAGAUGAUAAGGACUCCAUGUAUUUUAUGGGUAGAUGGGAAAAAGGUGGAUGGAAGUGAAGAGGUCAGUCCACUUGGAUAUCGGUUCUUUGAAGGAAGAGAGCUAUAGAUGAACUGACCAAUGUUGGAGGGAAUACUGAAGAUGUUUUAGGAGCAUCAGGAAUGCUCAUUAUUUUCAAACAACUGCUAGUCUGUACCUAGAGAACAAAUUAGGUUUGUCAGUAAAUGUAAUCUUACAAACUGUGA